UUCAGGCUCGCGCAUGCCGCAUCCAGCACAGCACAAGCGCGGACAGCGUUGCUCUCCCGUCAGGAACCGGCGCGCGUCUAUCAUUGAGUAAAUCGUUAGGUUCGGGUGAAUUAUUCUGUCGAAGCAGCGAGGCCUGCGCUGUUUUUCGGCGUGUGUCUCUAUUGUAUGCAGCAGCAGCAGCCGCAUCUUCCACUGAUCUGUUGCUAUCUGCUGGGGUCUUCUGCAUCUGUGCUCUGCUGCCAUCUCAACAUCUGCCUCCUCUCUUUCAUAUGAACCCCAAUGCCCUGUUUAGACGAGGACAUCUGCUCCUGUCGUACACCUGAAUGUGAAUGUAGCCGUUUUAUUCGGAGAUGCCAAACAGUGUUUUUAAUCGUCGUGUAGCUAUAUUUGUGAUUUCUUCAUCGGCCAUCGCUCGGCGCAGGCCGUGGGUUUAGUCACGGACCUCCAGAUGUGUUUCUGCGCUAGAUGUCGCGGAUGCUGGUGAUUAUCGGUGCCAUUUAAUACGGAUUUAACGCGUGCGCGGGGAGGGAUUCUGCGUCCGCAGCAAACGAUCGACGCAUUUAUUUUUCUCGAUUUUUCCUUUUUAGUAAUAUGAUUAUUUUUUGGUUUCAAUGAAAAGGGUCACCCUUUGUAUUGUCGUGGUCGGGGAGCGGCGCCAGACACACAGUAUAUAUAUUUUUACCUCGGCUCAGUAACUUCUUAUUAAUAUUCUAGCUCUUUCAGUGUUUAGUUUGCAGCAGAAGAGGAUCACCCCCAGCUCAUCGUCUCAUUGCAAUACCCUUGACGAUCAACAGUUCAUCGCGUAAAUGCCUCUAAACCCGCGCGAUUAUUAGUCGGAGCGCGCGCAGAUCUUCGCUUGCGCUCAUAAUGACUAAUAAACCAAAGCGACUGUCGUCUUCACUCAUGGAUGCUCUUAAUGUUGUAUGUUGAUUUGUCUUAUCGACAGGGUCAGGAGACUGUAUUCAUAUUGGAUUAUAGCAUUGCCCGUGUUUAUUAUUCCUCCUGCGUGUUUGUGACUGAAGGGUGGAUUAUUCCCACUUUUGAAUAUCAUGUUUUUGGUCCUUUAUCGUCUGGAAAGAUGGCAGCUGAUUAAAUUUUAAUCUUGAUGCAUUCUGGCGACACUGGAGGAGAAGAGGAGAAGCGAGUGAAUCGGGGAGGAGAUGUAGGGUGGAUACAGAAGGUUCAGCUGACGUUACAGGAGACUGUCCCGCCCCUUUCACCUUGUCCGUUCCUCUGUCCUUACCAUGGCGCUGUCACUCUGGAUACUGUGGAUGAGUCCUGUGUUGCUUAGCAACAUCGCUCCCUCCGAACAAGGUCUGAGUCGAGCGGCGAUGCCCUUCGGUCUGAUGAGGAGAGAGCUGGCGUGUGAGGGAUACCCCAUCGAGCUGCGCUGCCCAGGAAGUGAUGUCAUCAUGAUCGAGACGGCCAACUACGGCCGCACCGACGACAAGAUCUGCGACGCCGACCCCUUCCAGAUGGAGAACGUGCAGUGCUACCAGCCAGACGCGUUCAAGAUCAUGUCACACAGGUGUAAUAACAGGACCCAGUGUGUAGUUGUCGCCGGGGCAGACGUUUUUCCUGACCCCUGUCCUGGUACUUACAAAUACCUGGAGAUCCAGUAUGAGUGUGUACCGCAUCUCAUUGGCUCCAAAGUUUUUGUUUGUCCUGGAACAUUAAUGCGAGUGUUGGAGCCCAGUUCCGUGCGGGAGGCGGAGCAUCAGUCUGGGGCGUGGUGUAAAGACCCUCUGCAAGCGGGCGAUAGGCUGUACGUGAUGCCCUGGACACCCUAUCGCACAGAUAUGCUUUACGAAUACGCUUCCUGGGACGACUACAUCCAAAAUAGAGUCACCACCACCUAUAAAUUGCCGAGUCGAGUGGAUGGCACCGGUUUUGUCGUGUAUGACGGAGCUGUGUUCUACAAUAAGGAACGCACACGCAACAUUGUAAAAUAUGACCUGCGAACUCGCAUCAAGAGCGGUGAAGCUAUUGUUGCUACCGCCAACUAUCACGACACGUCGCCGUACCGCUGGGGCGGGAAAUCUGACAUCGACCUAGCCGUGGAUGAACACGGGCUCUGGGUCAUAUACGCCACUGAAGCCAACAGCGGACGCCUGGUUGUUAGUCAGGUGAACCCGUACACGCUGCGGUUUGAGGGGACGUGGCAGACGAGCUUUGAGAAGCGCAUGGCGUCAGACGCGUUCGUGGCGUGUGGCAUCUUGUACGCCGUUCGUUCCGUGUACCAGGACGAUGACAGCGAGGUGGGCGGAGACCUGAUCCUGUACGCCUACGACACGCGGCGUAACCACGAGGAGCCGGUGAGAAUCCCGUUCCCCAACCCGUACCAGCACAUCUCCUCCAUCAGCUACAACCCCAGAGACAACCAGCUGUACGUCUGGAACAACUACAUCGUCCUGCGGUACCCGCUGGAGUUCAGCCCGCCACAGCCCACCACAGACCCUCUCUCGACGCCUCUUCUCUCCACCACUCCUCCGAGUGCGCUCUCCAGCACCGUGUCCUGGGGCUUCAGCCCCACUUCUGUCCCGUCCGUGACCUUCCACCCGGUGGGGGCUAUAAACAGGGCUCCGGCGGGGCGGCCCAUCACAGCUACGGUCCCGGUGACUGUCAGGCCUCCCCGCCGCCCGCAGGGGCCGCGCACACCCAUGUGUGAGGGCCGGGUGACCCGCGGGGUCCAGUGGCCCCCGACUCAUCGAGGAGAAAGGGUGGAGAGGCCAUGUCCCAAAGGAUCCCUCGGUAUUGCGUCCUAUCAGUGUAUGGCUGAUGAUGUGGUGUGGAACCCCAGAGGCCCCGACCUCAGCAACUGCACCUCGCCCUGGGUCAACCAGGUCGCUCAAAAGAUUAAGAGCGGGGAGAACGCAGCUCAUAUCGCUGCUGUACUUGUCAAUCACACACGGGGGCGGGUCUACGCUGGUGAUGUCACUUCCUCUGUGCGUCUGAUGGAGCAGCUGCUGGACAUUCUGGACUCACAGCUGCAGGCGCUGCGACCUGGAAACAAGGAGUCGGCCACACGCAACUACAACAAGCUUCAGAAGAGAGAGCGGACCUGUCGAGCGUUUAUUCAGGCGGUGGUGCAGACGGUGGAUAACCUGCUGCGUUUGGAGGCGCUGGAGUCGUGGCAGGACAUGAACGUCACAGAACAGUCGCACACCGCCACCAUGCUGCUGGACGUCAUGGAGAAAGGAGCGUUUCUGCUGGCCAACAACCUAUACGGGGGUCACUUCAGCGACCGCGCGCCCAACAUCGAUCUGGAGGUGUAUGUGCUCAACACAGAGAUGGAGCUGAAAGAUCUGUCCUUCCCGAACUCGUAUGACAGCGACAGCACCAUCUACGUGUCGGCAUCCACCAUCAAACAGUACAGCCGCAAUGGUCAGGUGAAGGUGGUUUUCACACUCUACAAGAACCUGGGCUCGUUCCUCUCCACUCAAAACGCCACGCUGAAGACAGACGGCGAGCAGAAGUCAGGAGGACAGAUGUUGUUCUCUCGGUGCCAGUAUCCCGGCGGCGUUCAGGGUCUGAUCCUGUUCGUCAUCACGUGGGUGGGGAUGGUGAUCUCUCUGGUGUGUCUGGCUCUGUGUAUCUCCACCUUCUGCUGCCUGCGAGGCCUUCAGAGUGACCGCACCACCAUCCACAAGAACCUGUGCCUCACGCUCUUCAUCUCACAGCUGCUCUUCCUCAUCGGCAUGGACAAGACACACUAUACCGUGGUGUGUCCGGUUCUGGCCGGUCUGUUGCACUUCUUCCUGCUGUCUGUGUUCUGCUGGCUCUGCAUGGAGACGGUGCAGCUGUAUGUGCUGAUGGUGGAGGUGUUUGAAAGCGAGACGUCUCGUCGUAAGUACUACUACCUCUCCGCGUACGGCUUCCCCACGCUGGUGGUGGCCAUUUCCACAGCCAUCGACUACAGGAGCUACGGAGGACCCAAAGCUUGCUGGUUGAGGGUUGAUAACUACUUCAUCUGGACGUUUAUUGGCCCCGCCUCCCUUGUUAUUCUGCUGAACCUGGUCGUGCUGGUCAUCACCAUCCACCGCAUGCUGCGCCACUCCACCGUCCUGAAGCCAGACUCCAGCCGAUUCGACAACAUCAAGAAACCUGUUGCUAGCCGUAUCCGGAGGAUGUGGAACGACACUGUUCGACGGCAGACAGAAUCGUCCUUCAUGGCAGCUGAGAUCAACAACACACCCACACUCACCCGAGGCACUAUGGGUAAUCACCUCCUAGCCAAUCCAAUGCUACAGACCCACUCUGGCUCCUCCCCUUACAACACCCUAUUGGCUGAAACAUUCAACCCCCCCUCACCAGCAGUUUUCAACGCCACUGGCACGUUCAGAAACUCAAAGGGCACACUAUCGCGCAGCCGUGAGUCGUGUGGACUGGAGGGAGUCCGGCUCAACGGAAAUUACAACAACAGCUACUCGCUUCACGGAGGGAGUUCGGAUCUGCUGGGGGGCGCUCCUGUGGGAUCCGGGGGUGUGUCCGGAGAAGUCAGCCCCGCCCUUUUGACGCCUAGAGGGGCGGAGUCUGCUGGCGGUUUGAGGCGGAACCUUUCCGAUGCGGCGGCAUUGGAGAAGAUGAUCAUAUCCGAGCUGGUUCAGAGCAACCUGCGGCCUUCCACCGAUCGCUACGGCAAUGGACCGAAUUCCACGAUGCACCGGCAGGACUACGCCACGUCGACAAGUCACCGAGAGCCUCCGCAACGGCCCUUGCCCCGCCCACCUCCGCCGCCUCCACAGGACGAGGAGGAGCUGCUGUACAAAGCGCUGGAAAAGCCACGCCUCCCAGACAAGCCCCGCCUACCCGAUAAACCCCGCCUGCUGGAUAAGCCCCGCCUCCUGGAGCACGCCCAGUCUGUGUUCUACCAGAGCGAGGAGGACUCGGAGAGCUUCUCGGCCGAAAUCACGGACGGCGUGGGUGGGUCCGGACCGGACUCCGCCUCCCUGUACGCGCGGGAUCGUGAUUCGUCUUAUCCCGACAGCAGUCCCGAGGUGCUGGGGGCAGAGCCUCAUCCCACCCUUCCACCGGAUGAGCUGUACUUCAGCGCAGGACGCCAAGCGCACAUCUCGGCCUUUUACCAGCCUCCGCCUCGCAGGACCAACGACGAGGCUCGGCCGGGACUGCAGCCCUCGCAGGGGGAAGGCGACGGACAGAUGCAACUGGUGACGAGUCUGUGACUAGGGCGCUGGUGACCAGGACACGUAGAUCUGGAGGAGGACAAUGAGGGUGGACGUCUUCAACAUCACCAUCAUCAUCAUCGCAAUUAACGUCUGGGCGAAUCUCAUGUGUCUGGUUGUAGGUCACCCCAAAAUCUCAAGUAGGACUUGAUCUGAGUUCUGAUUUCACUUGUUUUUGUAGUGAAAUAUGAGCCGGACGUGUUUCCGUGAGAUUCUCGCAUUAGUAUGAAGCUACUUUCAGUGUAUCGUGUGUCCUGGGAUCUCCCAGAAGGAGCGGUGCGCUGAAAGCCUUGGGAGAUUCCUGUUGAGAUGAUGAUGAUGAUGAUGGCAAUGCUGGCUUCCUCCUCCACGUCUCUGUCUCCUGGUCACCCGAACACCCACCCUGCUCAUCUCACUGCCAUCCAAGCACAUCUGUUUGUCCUUUCUGAGAAGAAAUCUUCUUAUCGGGUAUUUUUUCCUCCAUUCGUCCAUCCUCCAUCUCUUCCCCGCUGAGAAAACCAGUUUAAACCAUCCUGAGGUGGAUAUCUGGUCUCCUGGCCUGGCCCAACUGGUCCGUUUUGCUGGUUUUGGAUGGGAGACCAUCUGAAAACCACCUUAGGCUGGUUGAAGCUGGCUUUCCAGUGGGAUUUCUUUCAUUCAGGGUGGUGUGGUGUAUGAGUGUCAGACCUUUAUCAGAAUGUGAUAACACUUACACCAGAGACCGCAGCUCUUAUACAUGCCAAAAAAAGAAAAAAAUCACACAUUUACACUCUUGGGGAGCAGCUACUGUCGGGAUCACGCUCUCACCAUCACAGAGAUCAAAGGUUAAGAGUCACGAGUUCAACAUGUCAAGCAAAUCAACUAGACUGUUGUUUUUGAGCAGCAUGGUGGCUAAAAGAACAAAAAUGAGCUUUUGUGCCACCUGUCUGGACGCAAUCCAAUCAUCUGCUUUGGUGUUCAAAACACUGACCGAUCAUGUUGUUGGGUUUGGAGAAUGCUGACUCAAUGCUCCGCCCCCUUCCUGUGUUUAAGUAGGUUGAUCGAGGACGUGACGUUUAACGGCGGGCUUUUAACGGCAACUUCCUGUAAAUAAG